AUGUCCACGGCAACCAGAUCCAGGACUCGCACUCGCUCUCACCUGCCUCGCUCGCAGUCACACCAAGCUGGCAUUCAGCAAUUUGCAAAGACAUCGAAACCCGGAGCUCUUCCUUCCUCCAAGUCGCUCUUGCUCGAUGGCGAGAAACCCUCCUGCCAACUGACUGCGUCGCCGUCGAAGAAACGAAAACUUAAUGAAAUUGCUGCCACAACCAUCAAUGAAAAUUCUACACAGUCCCGUCCAGAUCUGUCUGUCGAAGACACUCCAUCGAAGACUUUGAAGUUCUCCGAUCUCUCCGUCUCGACGCCACGAAGCUCCCGAACGAGGCCAGUCGCAACCCCGACCAGAAGCAAGACCACACGUACGCGUUCACUACCGAAACAACCUAUUUUCAAGAAAUCCACUUCCACCCCGAAUAUUGCCCAAGUCACGGCUACCAAAACCUACCCAGCCGCGCUCGGCGAAUUCCUCGAUCUUCACUCUGCCUUUUUGAAAGCUCUGUCCCUACAUUCCGCUCACAAUGAGUACUCCGCGUCAGCCGACCUUCGAGAACUCUGCCCAAGCAUUGAGAAAAUAUGGAAAAAGCGGAAGGUCACGGCCAAGGAUGUGCAGAGACUAGUACAAGUGUGGGAUGAAGCAUGCAACGAAAAGAACAAUGACGAUCAGACUGAGAAAAAGUCAGAUUCAAGCAACCUGCGAUUCCGACUUGCAAAUUAUGGUUUGGGCAAAGUUUGUAUCGAGAGAUUAGAUGUUUCAGGUUCGGGAUCACAGGGAAUGUUUGAUGAGAACCAGUUCCAGGAACGUUUCGUGCAGAUUAUUGAAAAGAAAUGGCGAGACCAGAUCGAUGCGCAGAAAGAUGGAGAAAACAAAGACGAAACGGAUACCCCAUUUGAAAUCGAAAAUCUUCCUCUCGCUCCCAUCCAAGCAUGUCUCACACCCUUCAACACAUUCCGCAAGGGCCAACAGCGACUCCAAGAUCUCAAAGGCGGCGUCAUCAAAGUCAAAACUGCCAUGAUGAAAGCCGCCUCCAUCACCCCCGGAGAACCCGGAACAUCAUCUGUUGCCCGUGACCCAACUGCCGACCGCCGCAAGGGUCUCUUUGAGCGUAUCAAGAACAAAGAACUUUUACAGUCGAAACUCGGCCCGGCACCAACAAAGGAGCAAUUACUCCGUCGAUCUGCGGCACAACGAGCUGAGGAUGUGGCCAGAGUACUUGCUUUGUUAAGGCCUUCUUAUACAACGACAGCCAACAACGACACUAUCGUUGCUCAGAGGAAACCAUUCUCAUGGCAAACACUCAUCCAGACCAUCCGAGACUCCCUUCGCAAUCCGAUUCCAGCUGAGGAGAUUGCUGCGUGUUUGGAUAUGCUGGCGCAAAAGGAUGUUGCUGGUGACUGGAUUGACGUUGUUACUAUUGGUAGCUUGAAAUCGGUGGUCUUGAUGUCCGCUCGUGAUAUCUCACCGAAAGAAAUUGGGCUCAAAGUGAGCAAGGUGCAGUUUUGA